GCGCAGUGUUGUUUUAAAACAGUUUCCACAGACUAGCCUCUAUCGCUAAUAAAGAAACAAUGGCGACAGCGGCGACUGCAGCGGGCGGAACGGGCUCCGGAGGACCAUCGGCCGGCCAAGCGGGAGCCGGUUCCUCAAUUGGACGGAAAAAAGACGGAGGGCCGUCUUCCAAAUUUUGGGAGAGCUCGGAAACGGUGUCUCAGUUGGAGACAGUUCGGCUGUGGAUCGGGAAACAUUAUAAGAAGUAUGUCCAAACCGACUCUCCUACAAGCAAAACUUUGGCUGCGCUGGUGGUGCAGUUGCUGCAGUUUCAGGAGGAUGCAUUUGGGCGUAGGGUCAGCAAUCCUGCCCUUACCAAGCUACCUGCAAAGAUCUUUCUGGACUUUAAACCUGGAGGAGCCCUUUGCCACAUUCUAGGUUCUGCAUACAAGUUCAAAAGCGAGCAGGGCUGGAGGAGGUUUGAUCUGCAGAACCCAUCCAGAAUGGAUAGAAAUUUGGAGAUGUUCAUGACUAUUGAGAAGACUCUUGUUCAGAACAACUCUUUGACCCGACCAAUUGUGUACAUUGUGUCUGACGUAGAGCAAAAGCAAGCCAAUAAGCUCAAAGACAUCAUUAAAAGACAUCAGGGAACCAUCACUGAAGAUAAGUCAAAGGCCACUCAUAUUAUUUACCCCUCCCCAGCCCAGCUGGAAGAAGAGGAAUGGCUGCGUCCUGUCAUGCGCAAAGACAAGCAGGUGCUGGUUCACUGGGGCAACUACCCUGACAGUUAUGACACAUGGGUAUCAACAAGUGAUGUGGAUGGAGAUGUUGAGGAUCCACCAAGUUCUGAGAAACCAUGGAGGGUGCAUGCUAAAUGGGUCAUCGACACAGAUGCUUUCAAUGAGUGGAUGAAUGAGGAAGAUUACGAAGUGGAUGAGAACAAGAAGUCUGUGAGUUUCCGCCAGCGGAUCUUUCCAGGGGAAGAAGUGUCUUCCCGUACACCCGAUCGCAAGGACCGCAAGUCCCUGGUUGGUGGCAAGAAGAGGAGACGCUCUCCAUCCCCACCCAGCACCCCUGCGGAGUCUCGAAAAAAGGGCAAGAAAGGGAAUCCUGGAGCACAGUGGAGGCGCCGUGGACAUCAAAAUGAUGACGAGCAGGAUGAAGACCUCACAAAGGACCUGGAAGAUCCCUCCCCUGUGCCAGGAAUGGAAGAAGUUACAUUGCCAAAAAAUGUCAAUCAGAAAAAGGACAGUGAGAACACACCAGUGAAGGGUGGAACUGUUGCAGAUUUGGAUGACCAUGAAGAUGAUUCAGUAGCGUCUGGUGGCAAGGAGGAUGAUGAACAGGGCAAAACAGAGGUCAAUCGUCUGAUCGACUCUGAGGACAAUGUGACUGAGCAAACCCAUCACAUCAUUAUCCCCAGCUAUGCUGCCUGGUUUGACUACAACAGUAUACACGAAAUUGAGAGACGUGCCCUGCCAGAGUUCUUUAAUGGCAAAAACAAAUCUAAGACUCCAGAGAUAUAUCUGGCUUAUCGUAACUUCAUGAUUGACACAUACCGGCUGAAUCCUCAGGAGUACCUGACCUCCACCUCCUGCAGGAGGAACCUCACUGGAGAUGUGUGUGCGGUCAUGAGAGUUCAUGCCUUCUUGGAGCAGUGGGGGCUGGUAAACUACCAGGUUGAUGCUGAGAGCAGACCCCUACCAAUGGGCCCUCCACCAACGCCACAUUUCAACGUUCUAGCUGAUACUCCCUCUGGUUUGGUGCCGCUGCACCACCGCCCCCCACAGGUUCCCCCUGCUCAGCAGAUGCUGAACUUCCCAGAAAAGGGCAAAGACAAGCCAAGUGACUUGCAGAACUUUGGCCUCCGUACAGAUAUUUACUCAAAGAAGAAUCCCAAGGGUAAAGGGGCUGCAGGUGGCAGAGACUGGACUGAGCAAGAAACAUUGCUUCUGUUGGAGGCUCUGGAGAUGUAUAAGGAUGAUUGGAAUAAGGUUUCGGAGCAUGUCGGAAGCCGUACACAAGAUGAGUGCAUCUUGCACUUCCUGCGGCUACCCAUAGAAGAUCAAUACCUGGAGAGCUCUGAAGCCUCGCUAGGCCCUCUAGCUUACCAGCCGAUCCCCUUCAGCCAAUCAGGAAAUCCUGUCAUGAGCACUGUUGCGUUCCUCGCCUCUGUGGUCGACCCACGUGUGGCGGCCGCUGCUGCCAAAGCAGCUCUGGAGGAGUUCUCCCGUGUGCGUGAGGAGGUUCCCACGGAACUGGUGGAGGCUCAUGUGAAGAAGGUGCAGGAGGCCGCACGCAGCACAGGAAAAGUGGACCCUGCGUUCGGCCUGGAGAGCAGUGGCAUUGCUGGCACAGCCCCUGAGGAGCCAGAGAAAACAGAACCUACAGAGCCUGAGAAGAUGGAAACAGACUCGGACUCCCAGCAGCCUGAUAAGGCGGAGGCGAAGGAUGAAGCUGAGAAGCCCAGUGAGUCUGCAGAAAAGCCUACAGAGGCAGAGAAGGAAAAGAGUGAGACUACAGAGAAAUCUGAGCCACAGGAAGAGGAAGAGAGUGAGGGGGGAGAACCCAAGACAGCAGAGAAAGACAAAGAGGAGGACAUGGAGACCACAGAGGAAGGGAAGGAGGGUGAGGAGGAGCAGGAGGAAGGAAAGAAAAAGCUUGAGUUGGAUAUCGGAGAGGGCAACAUCGCCACUGCUGCCGCUGCUGCUCUGGCCUCUGCUGCCACCAAGGCAAAGCACCUGGCUGCGGUGGAAGAGAGGAAGAUCAAAUCUCUUGUGGCUCUCCUGGUAGAAACUCAGAUGAAGAAGCUGGAGAUCAAACUCCGACACUUUGAGGAGCUGGAGACCAUCAUGGACCGUGAGAAGGAAGCCCUGGAGCUCCAGAGGCAGCAGCUUUUGACAGAGCGACAGGCGUUCCACAUGGAGCAGCUGAAGUACGCGGAGAUGAAGGCUCGUCAGCAGAUGGAGCAGCAGGCAGCCGCACAGCAGAACGCAGGAGGACAUCAUGGACCUCCUCCACACGGCCCACCUCCUGGCAUGCACCCUGGACACCCAGGACAUCCCGGGCACCCCGGCCCCGGAUAUCCCCCCAUGCACCACGCCAUGGGUCCCCACCAUGCUCCUCAGACAGGACCAAUGGUUGGACCAGGCCAGCCCAUGCCAGGUCAACCAAUGCCAGGCCGAAUGAUGCCUGGACCUCCCCCAGUUGGACCCCCACAAAGUGGCAUGCCCCCCAUGAUGGGACCUCGACACCCUGGACCACCCAACGGCAUGUACCCAGGUCCUCCACCUCCAACCGCACAGCCUGAUGGGAUGCCCCCUGGCCCAGUGGGACCUCCUGCACCUGCGCCCGCGCCCCCCCCUCGUGCUGCUGAAAAUUAAAUAUUCCCCCCCCCCGUCCCCGCACACAUGUACACAUCCACACGCAGAUACACAUGCGCAUUCAACUUAAAUUCAGAUUAAUCCGGGAUACCCACAGACCUGCUGUUGUUGCCCUCUGUAGAUUUGCCUUGCUGAUGGGUGGGUCAUCUCUAAAUCCUUUCUUCCCCCGAUCGGGCUAAGCACUCGCCGCCUCACCUGUAAACAUUCACACGCUCAGGGCACAAAGUCAAGAGUGCCGUCGUUCCGGCGUCUCUUGGCUAGUAAUAGCACUGGCUUCUGUUCUUUAUCUCUCCUCUGUGUUUGUUUUAGAGUGCGUGCUGCAGGCUCCUGCGUUUGAGGAACAUCGCUGCUGGCGUCCGGCUCCUCCCUAUAAUGUGACCGAUAGAAUCAUAUGUGUAUAUUGUGCUAAUCCACUUAAGCUAAUUUCUCCGAGAUCGAAAUCACACUGUAGCUACGAGCCGUCUCCUUCACAGUCCUGUGGCACGCAGAUAACCUUUCCACUGCCUUACGCGUUUGUGGUGCAGUAUCCAUUUCAGCAGGGUUCCCGGUGGCUUCCUUGAGCUUCCUUUUAGUAUUUACAUCCUCAUCUAGCUGAUAAUCUACCUCGCCGGUGAAAUUGUAUUUAAUCUGUGCGCAGUGUGUAAAGCAGACUUGCUUUAUGGUGCUCUGCUUGGUCAGUCACGCUGUGAAAUAGUUUCAAACGGAGAUCGUAACUCACACCGACCGAGUGCUCCACUGUCCUAAACGUGCCCCGAGAACGAGAGCACACCAAACUGCUGUUUUUAGAGAUGUACCCACACAUGCAUUAACCUUUUUUGCUUCAAAUACUGUGCAAAUGUAGAAACACAAACACACAAUGAAAACCUCCGUUUUUGUUCUCUUGGAGAAUGCUUAUGGAGGUGUAUAUAUGGUAUCACACUGAAGUGAUGGAGGAACUUUGCUUAUCUUAGGUGUAGCUGGCCUUUUGUGCUCCUCCCUUAGGUGCUGACAGAGUAGCUGCCCUGCCUCGCUCUACCUCUCUCACUUUACUACCUCUCUUCUCUCCUUCUCUCUUCCUGUUUUGGCUGUUCUCUCUCUUUUUUUCUUUGUGUGUGCCCAUGUGACUGCUGCAUUACUGCUGUGUGGAGGCUGUCGUCCUCCUCCUCCUCAGGUGAACCAAGCCCUGACUUCAACAUGCCCCGCCCCGCUACACUACACACACACACGCACGCACGCACACACACACGCUGAUGGACGUCUUUCCUCUUCCAAAAAUUUCCAGGCUGUAUAUCACAGGAAAACGGGGUGUAACCCUGCCCUCCCGAUCUCCAUAUAUAUCUUUUAUUGCUUUUUAUUUUAUGGUAAUGUAUUUUUAAGAAAAUAAAGUUUGUGUAGACUCA